CCUCAUUGACUCAUUGUGACACACAUGAAUACUACACAUGUCAUAGUACGCAGGCAACGGUUUCAUGCCACGUACCAGAUGAUGGUGACUUAAGACUACAGGGUGGAGACAUUCAUGAAGGGCGAGUUGAAGUCUAUUAUCAAGGUCAAUGGGGAACAGUAUGUGAUGAUAGCUGGGAUCAACAAGAUGCUCAAGUAGUUUGCACACAACUAGGAUUCCCUGGUGCAGUAGAAGCACUAAGCAUGGCUUACUUUGGCCAGGGAGGAGGCCCUAUUCAUUUAGAUGAGAUGGACUGCACUGGAUCAGAGACUCGAUUAGCUGAUUGUCUACAUCAACCAUGGACUCGGCAUGAUUGCUCACACUAUGAAGAUGCCAGUGUCAUCUGUCAGUAUAAUGAAGAUGGAGACAUACGAUUGGUAGAUGGAAGCACUGCUAAUGAAGGACGUGUUGAGAUAUGGAUGGACGAUAGAGGGUGGAUGACAAUCUGUGACUCCGGAUGGGACGAGGAUGAUGGUGAAGUGGUAUGCAGACAGAUGGGAUAUGAAGGAAUCGUCGAAGUUACACAGGAUAGCUCUUUUGGUGGAGGUACAGGGGAUGUGUUUGCAACUAUGGUGGAGUGUACAGGCAACGAGGAUUCAUUUCUUAGCUGUGCUUAUGAUGACCAUACAUACUGCACACAUUCCAAUGAUGCAGGGGUUGUAUGUGCUCUCCCAGACGGGGAAUCAAGAUUAGUAGAUGGUGAUGAUGAGUACAGUGGCCGUGUGGAGAUAUUCCAUGAUAACAGAUGGUGGACUGUAUGUGGAUACUGGGGUGAUUAUGAAGCCAAGGUCUUGUGUAAUGAGCUGGGAUAUAAGAACGUGGCAUUAUCCAGGCAUUCAUUUGGUCCUGGUUCAGGUGAUCUAGCAGGGGACUUAUAUUGUUAUCAACACUCAGCAACUUUGAGAGAUUGCACAUACAGUUCAACCUUUGAUAACACUGGUGGCUGCACACACGAUGAUGAUGUGGGUGUCGUAUGUGAUGAAACUAAAUUUGUUAGUGGUGCUGUACGCCUUGUCAGUGGAAACGUACCCUAUGCAGGUAGAGUAGAGAUGUUUACAGGAGAACGCUGGGGGUCUAUAUGCGAUGUAUCCUGGGACAUUGAAGAUGCACAUGUAGUUUGCAGACAAGUAGGAUACAAACGAGCCACCUUUGCAAAGAAAGGGGCUUUCUUUGGCAUGAAUACAUACCGUGUGGUGGCUGUUGGCUACAACUGCCUCGGUACAGAACUAACGCUUGAUGAGUGCCCUAUAGCCCAUGGAACCAUCUUAUCUGACUGCACUCAUCAAAAUGACAGUGGUGUCAUCUGUGAACAGGAUUAUUACGAUGAAUUCAGUGUGGAGUUGAUUGGCAAUGCCACCUAUCAAAGCAGUCGAGUGUCUGUAUUCCAUGACGGCCAAUGGAAAUCAGUAUGCAGCGAUAACUGGGAUUGGAGAAGUGCACAGGUGGCGUGCAGGCAAGCAGGCUACUUUGGAACAUCUUAUCACCUAGAUCAAGAUGCAUUCAGUGACUUUCAUCCAAUGGUUUUCACUGGGAAUGACAUUGCAUGUGAUGGGUCAGAAUAUCACUUGUAUUACUGUUCAGCUGACUGGGAUAGUCCUACAUGCACAUCAAACAAGGUAGCAUCUGUUACAUGUGCAGACUCCUAUGAAGACCUCUUACAAGAUGGGGACUUAAGGAUGACCAAUGGUACCUCAUCUAAAGACGGUCAAAUUGAGAUGUUUAAUGAAGGUUUUUGGAGACCUGUUUGUGGGGAUGAAUGGGGCUGGGAAGAAGCUACAGUGGCCUGUCGUCAAUUGGGGUAUCUAGGAGCUAUUUCUGCAUAUACAGCGAUAAGCUAUGACGAUGAGACUGAAUUCAUUUGGUCAGGGUUAGAUUGUGAAGGAGGAGAAUACAGACUACAAGAAUGUUAUAUACCAAGUAUUGGACGGGAAUUAACCUCACAUUGUCAAUACAUCGGUGGUGCUCACUGUGCUCUUUCACAAUCUCUUAUCCAUGAGAAUGGCGAUGUUCAAUUCAUUUCUGAUGGAGGUGCCAACAGUGGUGCCAUAGCCGUCUUUUACCGUGGAGUGUGGGGUAAAAUCUGUCCGGAUGACUGGAUAUGGUCCCUGGCAAAUAUGGCAUGUUUUCAGCUGGGAUAUUAUGGUGCCAUUGAGUCUACUAGUGCUGUGCCUGAUACAGAUGAUGGAAUCGCCUUUCAUAUGCAUUCCCUACAAUGUGAUGAAUUUGAAGGGUACAUCACAUCCUGUGAUUUAGAACAUUCCUGGGAGGAAGAUGAAGUAGAAUGUAAUUCUGAUGACGGCCUUGCUGCAGGUGUAGUCUGUACCCAUCAGUAUCAGGAUGUGCCUUAUGAUGGUAAAUCAAGGUUGGUUGACGGCCCUGACAUUGGUCAUGUUGAGGUAUUCUUUGAUGAUUCUUGGGGAUUGGUUUGUGGUGAAUCCUGGUCUUAUGAUAAUGCAAGAGUAGUUUGCAUCAAUCUAGGGUAUCGUGGAGUUCUUGAUGCCUCAUCAAUCCAGCGGAGUGACUCCCUCUCUCGUGAAGUAGUGUUGAGUGAUGUUGAUUGUAAUGGUUGGGAAUUCCUCUUGACAGACUGCUAUUCAUCCUUCCUCGAUAUUUCACACUGCCAAUCAUUGGCUUAUACAGAAUGUACUAUGGCCUCCGAUGAAAUUAACAUGCAGGAAGAACUUGAGAUUCGACUAUCUGAUGGAGAGGUACCUCAUGAAGGUCGAGUGGAGGUGUUCAUCCUUGGACGAUGGGCUUCCAUAUGCUCUGAUUAUUGGUCUGAUAAUGAAGCUGAAGUAGUUUGCACACAGCUUGGAUACACAGAUGGAGUAUACACUGCUGUGUAUGGUGGAUACUAUGGAUCCUCACCCAACGGUCAGAUAAAAGGCUAUCCCAUCUGUAACGGUUGGGAGUUGACCCUUACUGACUGUUAUCUAUUCCCUGCAUAUGGUGGACAGUGCUAUAACUCUGAUGUUGGUGUCAACUGUGACUCCGAUGAUCCAGAGAGAAUGUUUACGAUCAUCAUAGUGGUAGCAGUUGUUGUAGUAGUCCUAGCCAUUUGCUCCAUAUCAUGUAUUGGUUACUGGUGUUGCUGCAAGAAAACAGCAGCUACUGUGCCUAUGGGAGCAGUACAUGGUGUUGCUAUGGUAGAGAUUCCUCAGUCUCUCCCUCCUGUGAUGACCAACACCGUUCCUACAGAGCUACCCAGCCUUCAAUACAGCACAUUGCCUCCUAUGGAGGAUAUUGCACUGCCCCCAGGUCAAGCCCCCAAACCUCCACCAGUUGUGUAUGUGCCCCCACCCAGUCACUAA